GGUGUGUGUGUGUGUGUGGCGGGAGAGGCCUGUUCUGUGUCCCACAUACCGCCUCCCCCGCAGGCGACAUGCUCUGCGCAAGACCGGAGGCACUGGUACUCCUAGGAGCUUUGCUAACUGGACCCCUGGAUCCUGCCGGUGGCCAGGACGCGCUCUCGCUGCCCUGGGAAGUGCAGCGCUAUGACGGCUGGUUCAACAACCUGAGGCACCACGAGCGCGGCGCUGCUCUGGAGGAGCCGCUGCUGCCUAACCCUCGCCGGCUCAGCGACGCCGCCACGCGGGGCACUGCCGGGCUGGCGUCCAGGCGAAACCGCACCGUGCUGGGGGUCUUCUUCGGCUACCACGUGCUCUCGGACCUGGUGAGCAUCGAGACCCCCGGCUGCCCCGCCGAGUUCCUCAACAUCCACAUCCCGCCCGGAGACCCGGUGUUCGAUCCCCACCAGAGCGGGGACGUCGUGCUGCCCUUCCAGAGGAGCCGCUGGGACCCCAACACUGGACGGAGUCCCGCAGGGCCCCCCGCAGGGCUUCCCAUGCUCAGAUCGCCCUGCUUCAGAAACACCCCUAACAUCGCUCUGUAUGAGUGGCUGCCCAGCUUCCUGCAAGUGACACCCCCGGAGUAUGCAGGGUAUCGCCAUUUUCUGGACCCCAGCAUCUCUCCUGAGUUUGUGGUGGCCUCUGAGCAGUUUUUCUCCACCAUGGUGCCCCCUGGUGUCUACAUGAGAAAUGUCAGCUGUCAUUUCCAGAAGGUCCUGAACAGGGCUUCGGGCAGCUCCCCAGCAAUGAGAGUCUGCAACAGCUACUGGAUUCGGGAGAACCCCAACCUGAACAGUGCUGAGGCCGUGAAUCAGCUGCUACUGGGAAUGGCCUCCCAGAUUUCGGAGCUGGAGGACAGGAUAGUGGUUGAAGACCUGAGGGAUUACUGGCCUGGCCCUGGCAAGUUCUCCCGCACAGACUAUGUGGCCAGCAGCAUUCAACGUGGCCGAGAUAUGGGGCUGCCCAGCUACACCCAGGCCCUGCUAGCCUUGGGGCUAGAGAUCCCAAAGAACUGGAGUAACCUCAACCCCAGUGUGGACCCCCAGGUGCUGCAGGCCACAGCCGCCCUGUACAACCAGGACCUGUCUCGACUGGAGCUACUCCCAGGGGGGCUCCUGGAGAGCCACGGGGACCCCGGACCCCUGUUCAGCACCAUCGUCCUUGAGCAGUUUGUGCGGCUGCGGGAUGGUGACCGCUACUGGUUUGAGAACACCAGGAAUGGACUGUUCUCCCCGGAAGAGAUUGCAGAAAUCAGAAAUACUACCUUGCGGGAUGUUGUGGCAGCUGUCACCAACGUGGACCCCAGUGCCCUGCAACCCAAUGUCUUUGUCUGGCAUGAAGGCGCACCCUGCCCUCAGCCCCGGCAGCUCACAACGGAAGGCUUGCCGCCCUGUGCACCUCUAACUGUGCUUGACUACUUUGAGGGCAGUGGUCCUGGUUUCGGCCUCACCAUUGUGGCUCUCUGCUGCCUUCCGUUAGUGAGUCUGUUCAUCUCUGGGGUGGUGGCUCAUUUCCGGACCCGAGAACGCAAGAAACUACAGAAGAAAGACAAAGAGAGUGUGAAGAAGAAAACAGCCAAAGAUGGAGUGCUGGCCAUGGAGUGGCCAGGCCCCAGCGAGAGGAGCUACCCCAUCACCGUCCAGCUGCUCCCGGACAGGCGCCUACAGGUCCUGGACAGGCGCCUCGCUGUGCUCCGCACCGUCCAGCUGCGGCCCCCGCAGCAGGUCAACCUCCUCCUGUCCAGCGACCGUGGGCGCCGCACCCUGCUGCUCAAGAUCCCCAAGGAGUAUGACCUGGUGCUGCUGUUUAACUCAGAAGAGGAGCGGGCCGCCUUUGUGCAGCAGCUGCAGGACUUCUGUGUGCACUGCACGCUGGACCUGCAUGUGGCCGAGACGGGCGAGAAGGAGCUAUUCAAGAAGGCCGUGACCAAGCAGCAGCGGGGACGCAUUCUGGAGAUCUUCUUCAGACACCUUUUUGCACAGGUGCUGGACAUCAACCAGGCAGAUGCAGGCAGCCUGCCCCUGGACUCGUCACAGAAAGUGCGGGAGGCCCUGACCUGUGAGCUGAGCAGGGCUGAGUUUGCUGAGUCCCUGGGCCUCAAGCCCCAGGACAUGUUUGUGGAGUCCAUGUUCUCUCUGGCCGACAAGGAUGGCAAUGGCUACCUGUCCUUCCGGGAAUUCCUGGACAUCCUGGUGGUCUUCAUGAAAGGCUCCCCAGAGGACAAGUCCCGCCUGAUGUUCACCAUGUAUGACCUGGAUGCGAAUGGCUUCCUCUCCAAGGAUGAAUUCUUCACCAUGAUGAGGUCCUUCAUUGAGAUCUCCAACAACUGCCUGUCCAAGGACCAGCUGGCCGAGGUGGUGGAGUCCAUGUUCCAGGAGUCGGGCUUCCAGGACAAGGAGGAGCUGACGUGGGAGGACUUCCACUUCAUGCUGCGGGACCAUGACAGCGAGCUCCGCCGCACGCAGCUCUGCGUCAAAGGGGGAGGCGUGGGAGACAUCUUCAAACAAAACAUCAGCUCUCGAGUCUCAUUCAUUACUCGGACUCCUGGGACAUGUUCCUACCCCCAGAAAACGGAGCUCCCUGCCUCAGAAGCCCCAGAGCUGGGAGGCCAUGGGUUGAAGAAGAGGUUUGGCAAAAAGAUGGUGGUGGCCCCUUCCCGGCUGUACACGGAGGCGCUGCAGGAGAAGAUGCAGCGAGGCUUCCUGGCCCAGAAGCUGCAGCAGUACAAGCGCUUCGUGGAGAACUACCUGCGGCAUAUCCUGUGUGUCGCAGUCUUCUCGGCCAUCUGUGCCGGCCUGUUUGCAGAGCGGGCUUACUACUACGCCUUCGCCUCUCCACCCUCGGGCAUCGCACAGACGACCUUCGUGGGCAUCAUCCUGUCGCGGGGCACGGCGGCCAGCGUCUCCUUCCUGUUCUCCUACAUCCCCGCCGCCGUGGACUUCCAUCGCUGGAUCGCCAUGGCAGCUGUUGUCCUGGCCAUUUUGCACAGCGCGGGCCACGUGGUCAAUGUCUACAUCUUCUCAGUCAGCCCGCUCAGCCUGCUGGCCUGCAUGUUCCCCAGUGUCUUCGUGAAUGACGGGUCUCAGCUUCCCCAGAAGUUCUACUGGUGGUUCUUCCAGACAGUACCAGGUAUGACAGGAGUGCUUCUGCUCCUGGUCCUCGCCAUCAUGUACGUCUUCGCCUCCCACCACUUCCGCCGCCGCAGCUUCCGGGGCUUCUGGCUGACCCACCAUCUCUACAUCCUGCUCUACGUCCUGCUCAUCAUCCACGGCAGCUUCGCCCUGAUCCAGCUGCCCCGCUUCCACAUCUUCUUCCUGGUCCCCGCGCUCAUCUAUGUGGGGGACAAGUUGGUGAGCCUGAGCAGGAAGAAGGUGGAGAUCGGCGUGGUGAAGGCCGAGCUGCUGCCUUCAGGAGUGACCCACCUGCAGUUCCAGCGGCCCCAGGGCUUUGAGUACAAGUCAGGGCAGUGGGUGCGGAUCGCCUGCCUGGCUCUGGGGACCACCGAGUACCACCCCUUCACGCUGACCUCCGCGCCCCACGAAGACACGCUCAGUCUGCACAUCCGAGCAGCGGGGCCCUGGACCAUUCGCCUCAGGGAGAUCUACUCAUCCCCGAUGGGUGACGGCUGUGCCAGAUACCCGAAGUUGUACCUCGAUGGGCCAUUUGGAGAGGGCCACCAGGAGUGGCAUAAGUUUGAGGUGUCGGUGCUGGUGGGAGGGGGCAUUGGGGUCACCCCCUUUGCCUCCAUCCUCAAAGACCUGGUCUUCAAGUCAUCUUUGGGCAGCCAAAUGCUCUGUAAAAAGAUCUACUUCAUCUGGGUGACGCGGACCCAGCGGCAGUUCGAGUGGCUGGCCGACAUCAUCCGGGAGGUGGAGGAGAACGACCACCAGGACCUGGUGUCCGUGCACAUCUACAUCACCCAGCUGGCCGAGAAGUUCGACCUCAGGACCACCAUGCUGUACAUCUGCGAGCGGCACUUCCAGAAGGUGCUGACCCGGAGCCUGUUCACGGGCCUGCGCUCUGUCACCCACUUCGGCCGUCCCCCCUUUGAACCCUUCUUCAACUCCCUGCAGGAGGUCCACCCCCAGGUGCGCAAGAUCGGGGUGUUCAGUUGUGGCCCUCCAGGAAUGACCAAGAACGUGGAGAAGGCCUGUCAGCUCAUCAACAGGCAGGACCAAGCUCACUUCAUACACCACUACGAGAACUUCUAAGCCUGCCCCCUGGCUCUUGCCUCCAGCCUCCUGCCCUCCCACCCGUGGACCUAAGUUUCCAGCCGUGCCGACAGUUUCAGUCAGCAUCCACCUCAGGCCUCACUUGGAGAGCUGGAGGAGCCCCACUCCUUCCCCAUCUGUCCCAUUCUCUGAGAAGAUAAAGGAGACCACCCCUUAUGCCCGACUCAAGCCAUGGCAGGUUGUGGCAAGCAAAGUGGGGAGGGGACACAGGCUCUGCUUGUGACACUUGUGGAGGCGAAAAAGAUAAUGUUUUCCUCCAAUAGGUCCCUGUUUUUCCGUUUUACUCCCACAGAAUUGACACAUUGCUUUGGUAUUUUUUUAGCUGAGGCAUUUGAGGUAGGCGAGGGUAGGGAUAUCUCUGAGUAGGAGCUUCCUCGGAACCCUGUGAUGCUUAGAACUUGCACAGCCCAAUGGCCUCUAUUCCGUUUCUAGGGCCUUUCCCCUCCAGCUGCAAAGAGAAGCAGCCCCCUUCCCAUUCCUUUCUGCUCCUAGAGGGUCAGGAACCUGGAAGAGGGCACCAUGGUACAAAGACACCUCCCCAGCCCUGACCUUCCUGAUAUCAGCCAGUGAUGCCUGCUGCCCAGGCCCAUGGCAGGCCCUUCUCCAGUCCCAUUGGAGCAUUCUCUGGGCUCUGGGACUGAGGCACCUUAGCCUCUUGCAGAUAUCCAAAACUCCCUCUCAAUUUUCUACUUCCCAUGGGAGUUGGGUGACCAGUUGUCCUGGUUUGCCCAGAACUCUCCAAGUUUUAGCACUGAAAGUCUCUCAUCCUAGAAAGCCCCUCAGUCCCAGGCAGACCAAGAGUUACUAACCUGUGAUGUCACCUCCACACUCAGCUCUUUAAGAUCCUUCCUUUUCUUUCUUCACUUAGCUUCUUUAUUUAAAAAAAGCUGAGCUGUAAACUGUUGU